AUGGUUAAUUUGUGUCAAACUUUAUUACGGGAACUUAAAAAGGGUCGUGCAUUUGAUGGAUGGAUUGAGGGAAACCUAACUUUUGCUCCAACCUAUAAAUACGAGAACAAUUCAGAGAAGUAUUACGGUGAAGAUCCAAAAGUUGGAAGCCGUACUCCAGCAUGGUGUGACCAUAUACUUUCAUACGGAAAGGGAUUGAAAUUUUCAGGUGUGAACAUUCAUUCGGAAGAUGACGGUCAUGGAGGGAGGAGGAGGAAGGGGCUAAAGAAGAAGGUAAAGGAAAAGAUGCCAAGACAUCAUCAUGAGCCCCAGGCAGUGUCAUCCACAAUGCCGGGCAGUUAUUCAUUGGCCCAGUACGGUGGGCAGCAUGAGAAGAAGGGAAUAAUGGAGAAGAUCAAGGAGAAGCUGCUGAGACAUCACUGA